AUGGGUCCCAAGGCCGUGCAAUACAUUAAUCAGCUGGACCAUGCCCGCUGCGACGGCAACUGGGAUCUGGUCCCGGAGCUUGUUCGCAAAGUCCGCAAACAUGCUCCCGACAGAGCUUGUCUCGCAUUGACGGCCGAAACCGAAUGCGCCAUCGCUAAAACGACGGGAGCUGCAGCUCACACUAACACCGAAGGUCGGCCAACAACUGCUGUAAACACAGGCGAUGUCAAUGUUACGGAUCAACUACCAAGGCUCGAAGCGGCAAUUGACGAGGAAGCCGCCCACGAGAAUGACCGAUUCCAAGCUGAGGUAUGCGCGGGUUGGUUGCACUGGACACUAGGAGACUAUAAUCUCUGUGUCAGUCGACUACCCGAGAACAACUUGGAGGAAGGCGAGAUCAACCCAGCCGACAGAAGUGCUGAAUGGACGAGUGUUUGCUCACUUAAAGCUGCGUAUCUCAAAGCUAACUGCCUUGCGCGCAGCGGCGAGUUGAAGCAGGCACUCUCUGCCUACCGAGCUGGUCUUCCAUCACUUGGACGAGUUUGGGCAGAACAAGGCAUGGGAAGACAGCUCCGUUACUGGUCAGAGCUGUUCCUCACAGAAUACUGCAUGCUCUCAGGCGAAGCAUACCGAAGCAACGAAAUCACACAGGUCGACGCCGAUUCUAUGGCGGGUUAUCGAGCGUGGGCAAGAUUCUGGGAUACUAUGUCUACUCCUGUCACAGGAGGAUACGGCUUCAAGGGUUCUGUACCUCGAAGAACGGUAUGGAGAGAGUACUACUUUGCCCUCUCAUCCAUUCUUGAUACCGAUCAACCUUUUCCUACCGGGUUUGUGAGCAACACAGCGGGGGACCUCUCACCUCGGAAUCAGCUGCGCAUUGAGCUCAAGCAUGCCGAGGCUACGUACCAGACACUUUUGCUAGGCGAGACAUCCUUCCCCAGAGCCGACGAGGAGCGUGAGGAAGUCGAAGCGUUUGUCAAUCAGGUACUACGAAACUGGUCUAUUCUCUGUGGGCGAGGAUGGAGUGAAAAGGACCUUGGCCAGGGUGGGCGAAGCAGCCUGAGCCGUGGAGUUCUCGAUAUUCUUUACAGCGCGGCUAUGAAGACCUACCAUUCGACAUCUAUUCUCCGGUCUCUCUUCCUUGUUCACCUUUCGGUUGCCGAAUUCGACCUCGCUUUCAAGGCCUUCGACUCCUACCUUGAGAUUGUCAAAAAGGGCAAGGCUCGUGUUGACAAAACCGGGCUUGUUGAACCUAGUCUGGACGACGAUGCGACCGUCCUCGAAACAAUCUCGCAGUGUAUUUUAGCUCUCUGUCGAUAUGGCCAACGAUCUGCAGCGGAAAAAGCGCACCAGCUUGGAUCCGAGCUCGAAGACUGGUUGGCAAAGUUACUGCAGAUCACCUCGCAAGACAACCCCACGCCUGUAAUUUCGGAACACAAUGAGCUUAGCGCUUCACAUCCGCCCGUGGCACCGCAUACUAUUGCCCUUGCAUGGCAAGCUAUUGGCCUGUCCCAGGCUCAUUGGUCAAGAAUCACAUAUGAAGCCUCGGCUAGAACCGAAAUUCAACAAAAGGCUAUUCGCUGUCUAAGAAAGUCUCUUGCAGCUGAGCUUGGGCGCUCAAAAGAUAUUAGGAGCUUUUAUGCUCUUGGCCUCCUAUUGGCUGAGCGAAGAGAAUUGACUGCUGCAAUUGAGACUGUCAGAACUGCCUUGACAGCAAGCAAGGAUCAGGAAGAGAACUACGAUCUGGUAUAUGGGCCAUAUUGGCAAGAGCGUUCUCUUAUUCCUGUUUGGCAUCUGCUCGCUCUCCUGCUCAGUGCCAGGCAAGAUUAUAGCAUGGCCGCGAGGGCUUGCGAUGGUGCUUUGGAACAAUUUAAAGAUACUACAAUUCUGUUUGGUAAGGCCGAUCAAGCUUAUAGAAGCGAGCACCUCAACGAGGCGGAAAAAGAUACUUCAGAAGACAAACAUGGCCUCGUCGACGAUAUGGAUGAUGGUGAAAAGGAGAGCAUCCUGGAGGUGAAGAUGACACAACUUGCAUUGGUCGAGCUACUCGAAGGCCCAGACGUGGCUGUAAAUGCCAGCUUCGAAUUGCUGACUCUCUUCUCGAGGCUGUUUGGCAACGUUGCAGCCCAACCUACUCUAACCCCCCCCAAGGCCGUGGAACCACCAAAAACUUCUGGCACGCUUAGAAGCAUUAGGGGAACCAUCUUUGGCAGCAAUGAUCGAUCCAGACCACCUACGAGGCAGGUCUACACUGCUGCGGGUGACAGGAACCCCAGACCUCAAACUGCAGCGACCAUGCGCAGCAGUGCACCGACGAUCCAGGUUACGGGAGAUAACGGAUCCCUAGCAGAGUCGCGACCAAGGACAUCAGCAUCUUCAGUGCGUCGCAAUAGAAGCGCUACGGGUAGAAGCAAUAGUCUAAAGAAGCGCGAUCGGAGCCAUAGCCGACAGCGAUCCUCCAGCAUUGGGGCUAUCUCAUCUGCCCAUGGACCUACAGUUGUCGAUGGAGAUGUUUUUUUCACACCAGCUGGCCCAAACGGCGAGGUUGAAGAGAACGAGCAGCAAUCGGACUUCUUUACCUACUCAAGUAAACGACACUCGGCAACGAGAGGCUCAUCUUUCUCAAGGCGGCCUAUAGGACACCUUAACUCGUAUCUCUCGACGCAAACGAAGUCAACCGACUACUCUGAGCUAUCAGUUGACAACGCUUACGCAUCCACCUGCAUCUUACCACUUGUCCAUUUCCCCAAGGAUAAGGAGAGGGCUCAACGAGUGGUCCUUCUGAUAAGAGUCUGGCUCAUGAUUGCUGGUUUCUACCGCAGAGCAGGUAUGAGGGAGGACGCCAAGGGAGCUAUCACAGAAGCACAGCGACUUAUUCAGAGCCUGGAGGCCGACUUGGCCAGGGAUCCAUCUGGUUCAGGUGCUCUCAGGCCUCCCAGCUGGGCCGAAAAGAAGACCGUAGAGGAUCUAUGGAGUGAUCUAUACGCAGAGCUUGGUCAACUGUCUCUGUCGAAAGGAGCCCCCUAUGCAGCUCGCAACGACUUUGAAACCGCCCUCACACAUACGCCAAAUCAUCCUACUGCAAUCAUCGGCCUUUCUAACAUCCUGCUCGACAUUUACAGUGAAGAUCUCCUCCCGCCACCUCCGAUACCGCCUCUGGAGGAUGCUUUGCUCAACCUCAACAUAGGAAACAGCUCAAAGCCAAAUUCAGGCAGUCAAGCAGUCUCUCCCCUGCCUUCGACACCUCUCGGUCUGGGCCCUUCACCAGAAACUCAAUUUACUCCCAUGGAACCCAUGGACGACGACGAACUUCCUGCUGCGUACAAGGCCACCCGUCUACCACUUGUCGACCGUCUUGCGGCUCGUGAUCGUGCGUAUGCGCUCCUUUCUACACUCACCAAGCUCGGUUCUGGCUGGAACUCAUCUGAGGCGUGGUUCACACUGGGCCGCGCCUACGAAGAGAGUGGCCAGCCUGACAAAGCAAAGGAGGUGCUUUGGUGGUGUGUGGAACUUGAAGAGGGGACUGGGGUUCGGGAUUGGCGCUGCUUGACUGGGGGAGGUUACAUUAUUUGA